UCACUCUAUUUGAAAGCUUUUAUCUCUUGGUAGUUUGGGAACAGCUUUCUAGCUGUUCAGGGUACAGGCUUGAAUGCUUAUAAGUGUGUGUGCACUCAUUUCUUUCAUGGAACUGAAAAUUUACUGCACGUCUGGCUUCUGUUGAUAUCUGAAAUCCACAGCUGUGCUUUAUUUCCUCAACUUCCUUCAUGCAGGAUGGUCCGCACACUGUAUGCCAUCGGUGCCUUGCUUCUUCUGAUGGGAUUUCUGCUACCAGCAGCCGAAGGGAGAAAGAGGAACCGUGGAUCUCAAGGUGCUAUCCCUCCUCCUGUCAAGGAUCAGCCCAAUGAUUCAGAGCAAAUGCAGACACAGCAGCAGUCAGGCUCCAGGCACCGGGAGCGAGGGAAAGGCACCUCGAUGCCUGCUGAGGAGGUGCUGGAGUCUAGUCAGGAGGCAUUGCACAUCACUGAGCGCAAGUACCUAAAGCGGGACUGGUGUAAAACCCAACCCCUCAAACAAACCAUCCACGAAGAAGGCUGCAACAGUCGUACCAUUAUCAACAGGUUCUGCUACGGCCAGUGCAAUUCUUUCUAUAUCCCCAGGCAUGUCCGCAAAGAAGAAGGCUCCUUCCAGUCUUGUUCCUUCUGCAAGCCCAAGAAAUUCACCACCAUGACUGUUACACUCAAUUGUCCCGAGCUUCAGCCCCCAAGAAAGAAGAAAAGAAUCACCCGAGUUAAGGAGUGCCGGUGUAUAUCUAUUGACUUGGACUAAACCGAGAAAAAGUAGCAAUUGCACUCUUGACUGUACGCAAUCACUGCCAGCAUGAGAGUGAGUGGCAAGAUCUAGCCCACCUUCAAGGCUGGGCACAACUGAAAGGGACCUAGUGAAUUACCUAAAACCAGCAAA